CUCACUGUGAGUCAGACAGCUGUGGCCUUUAUCGUCAGACAGCAAGCAGAAGCCUCUCUGCCGGCCAGGCGAUUUGCCUGCUAACACUCGAGAUAAAGAUGGAAACUACAACAUAUGACUACAGUGACUACAGCGACGAGCCGUACACGCCCGUCACACCAUGUAAUAGGGACAGUGACAACAACCUGGGAGCUCAUCUAUCCAUCCUCUUCUACUUUAUGUUUCUCUUCAGUCUCUUUGGCAACGGGUUGGUUCUGGUCAUCAUCCAUCGGUUUGAGAAGCUGACCACUGUGACCAACAUCUUGCUGCUGAACCUGGUGGUGUCCUCCAUGAUCUUCAUGAGCAGCCUUCCCUUCAUGGGGGUCUACUUGCAGCUCUCCAACUGGAUCUUCGGCACGGUCAUGUGUAAGAUUUUUGGAAGCGUCUACUACCUGGGCUUCUACAGUUCUGUCCUCUUCCUGACUCUUCUGACUUUCGACCGACACCUUGCAGUCGUGUACUCCUUGGGCGCCUCACGAGUGAGGAAUCGAAGCUAUGCGGUAAUCUCCUGCGCUGUGGUGUGGCUGGUCAGCGGCUUGGCGUGCAUCAAGCCGAUGAUUCUCCACACCACUUUUUAUCAUUAUAUUGACAACAAAACAUACUGUGAUGACUAUCCUGGCAACUUGCCUUCUUUUCAUUUGGAGCGGCUGAGAGCAUCUGGAUUUUACCUGCAGAUUUUUCUUUUCUUACUCUUGCCUCUGGUUGUUAUUAUCUACUGCUACGUUAGGAUCGCUAUCACUGUCAUAUCAUCCAAGAUAGUCACCAAGUUCAAGACAGUCAGACUGAUAUUCAUUAUUGUGCUUCUGUUUUUUGUGUGCUGGACCCCAUUCAACAUUGUCCUCCUAAUGCACGACAAAGCCACAACCUGUGAGGAAGUGCAGAAAUGGGGUUAUGCCCUUCAUGUCACUCGUAACCUCGCCUACAUUUACUUUUGCAUCAGUCCCAUCUUUUACACGUUCGUUGGCCGAAAGUUUCAGAACUAUUUCAGACAGAUGCUGGUGAAAUGUUUCCCAGGGUUAGAGAGAUAUGUUUCUGUCAGUCAACGCAGUGGCACCAACGUGUCCACAAAAACGACAUCAAAUCAUCUUUAGGAAGGGGAAGCCCUGUGUUUGCCAGGACUGCCAUGCGUUCAACAAACCAUGGGUUUAAAAACAGCUGAAGCAAUGCAGUAAGAGUGUGUGUUCUCUGACUGUAAAUGUGGAGAGCAGUGAAAUACAAGAAGAGGUACAGUUUCACCUCAAUCCUAUCAAGGAACACACAGUAUGUGUAUCUGUCACCAAUCGAUAUCCACACUUUAUUUAGCUGUGUUGCUAAUUUCAGCCAUCUCGAGCCUCUGAGGACAUGAAAGUCAGAAUCUAGUCCAGAUUGAAGCUACUGUCACCUCUUACUUUGUCACCAUUGCACAUUUAGAGGUACGUUUAGCUGAGCUGCCAGAAGAGAUGGUUUCCUACAGAAUAAACACAGCACUCUGUAUAUACAAUUUUAUUGCCUUUUAAAGAAUCAAGGAUGUUUGUUUAAUAUGAAUGUAAGUAGGGACCUAUCAGUAUUAAAGUCAAGGUGGAUUUAUAGGUCUGGCACGACCACACCACAUGGAGAACUCUAACUGGUCAACUUGCCUACAAGUUUCCACUGAGGGUAGAGAUUACUCAUUAUAAAGGCCACAUGAAGGAAGUUGUACAAAGACCAAGUAUCUGCUUCUUUUUCAAGCCAUCUCUGCUUUGAACCACCUGCUGUUCAUCUUUAAAUAUAACUUAUCAUACAUAUAACUAAAAAAAAAAAGAACAAUUAGAGCAGGAUUAACUGUGGGCAACUGACUCUGCUGGACAGCUGACAGUAGAGUAUCAUCUAUAUGCUGUCCUAAUAUAGUGUGCUUCCCCAAAGCAGUGACUCAAGUGUGCACACUCAUUAUCCAGUCAUUUUCCACAUGGCUACAGCCUGCUAAUGGAUGCUCGUUACUAUAUUUGUUUAGAUUUUGUCCAUGUUUUAAUGUCAUGUUGUUACUUUUUAAACAUGUUAUUAGAAUCAACCAUAUUCUUUAAAUGAGGUAAAAGGCAGCUGAUUAGAAUGUAAUACGAUGAUUCAUUUAGUCAUUCAUUUAAGCACAUUUUACAUGGAGAGAAAACAGUGAAGAAGCAGUUAAAAGCCAGUUAGAGGCUUCAUGGCUGGUUGUUUUUUAUUCGAUCUUGCUCUUGCAUUUGCCUGUGUGAAUCUAAGCUGUU